AUCGUACUUGGCCUGCCAUAAACUAAUCUACCUCAACCAUGUUCCAGUGGCUUAUCGAUUUCUAUAUUCAGCUGCGGGAAAUCUAUCCGCCCAGACCAAAGUUCACCGUUGAUGAUAUUCCGGAUCAAACAGGCAAGGUCGCCAUCGUCACCGGUGGGUACAGCGGUAUUGGGAAACUGAUCGUCAAGUAUCUGCUUCGCAAAAAUGCCACAGUGUAUGUUGCUGGUCGUUCCCGAACCAAGGGAGAAGAGGCUGUUGAAGAAUUGAAGAAAGAGACUGGGAAUGACAAAGUGCAUUUCAUGCUGAUGGAUCUCGGUGAUCUGGAGAGCAUAAAGCACGCGGUAGAAGAGUUCCGUCAGAAGGGGGAGAGGCUGGAUCAACUAUACAACAAUGCGGGUGUCAUGAUUCCUCCUGUUGACCAGGUCACACAGCAGGGGUACGAUCUUACUUGGGGCACCAAUCUAAUCGGCAAUGGCUACGUCACAAUACUUUUCCUUCCCAUUCUUCUUGCCUCUGCGAAGACCGUGCCGGACGGCAAGGUGCGAGUGAUCAACACUUCCUCCAAUGCACAUUGGUUUGCUCCUAAGGGUGGUAUCGACUGGGACUGGGUCGAGGGCAAGAAGCCAGCCGACUCAAAAACAUCUCCACCGCCGGCCGCCUACGACCGCUAUUCCAUGUCCAAAUGGGCGGUCAUUGAAUUUUCCUUUGAGCUCGCCAAACGUUACGGCUCCCAGGGGAUUGUCAGCCUCGUCCAGAACCCAGGAAGUGUGAUCACCCCAGUGAACAGGCAUACACCCGCCUUCAUGCGUUGGAUGCUCGAGCAUCUCGUCCAGUGGAAGGCCGAUCCGUACGGUGCGCUGGCCCCGCUUUGGGCUGGCACGGCUCCCGAGACUGCCGAGUUGAACGGGAAGUUCUUAUCCCCUUGGGGAAGGGUCGGAACCCCUAGAUCGGAUGUCUGGGACGAGAAUACGUGGAAGAAGGUGUACGAUCAUAUCGAGGAAGAAGGCAACAGGGUCGCCUGAGAUCUGCGAGAGGUCUCGUGCAUCGGAAUGACGUGUCCAGUUUGCAUUAGUGAAAACUCACAUAUUAAUAUUGUGUCCUCACUCCAUGUUAUUAUCAACCUUUCCAUCGUCCUGGCCGAACGGCUUGACAAUGUUGAGUACCACCUUCUCGAUUUGUCAUCCACAUCGA